AUGGAGCUCACCGAACGGGUUGAGCAGCUCGAGCUAGAGCUUGUAGAGUUCCAGGAAUCGAGCAAGGAACUUGAACUGGCACUUGAAGAUGAACUUUCACGGCUUGAAAACUCAAACUCAAUACUUCAGCAGCAACUAAAAAAGGCAAAUGAUGAAAUAAAUGCUGGAAAAGCAAGAGAAAAAGCACUAGCACAGCAAGUUUUAGAAGCACAGGAGGCGUCACGGGCCCAGAAACGCGAAAACGAGGAAAAAAUCAACCAAUUGACCAAACGACUAGUGGCCAUUGAAGUUGCAAAUGAGUCGAUGGAGCUGAACGAUCGUAUUUAUGCCAGCAAAAUAGAGUUGGCUCAGCAGAUGAACAACGAUCUCCUAGAGCGAAUAGCGUUAUUGGAAGACGAGGUUCAGCGGGAACGUGAACUGGGCGUACAAAAAAACCUUUUAAUUUCCAAUUAUGAGAAUUCUGUGGCAGAAUUGCAGCAAACAAUUUCCAAACUUCAAGGCAAUUCUGUGCCGCCCGAGUCGUUUGAAGGCGAUCUUCUGGUCCUCAGCAUGCGGGACGUGUUGAUAUCCGGACCCAAAAGAUUACCCAAAUCAGAUUCUCUUCAUCGGCUUCGAGAGCUCACCGAGAUGUCGCAUUUGGCUGCGAAAGAAGCUAACAUUAUCCGCCACUCAAUAAUCUUGCCAGAGGGCAUGUAUACCAGCACAGGACCGCGAAAUAAGGCCACACCUGAAAAACCAAGAGUUUUCACUAGAAAACUGGCGGAAUCUUCUCAACUAGCCAAACCGCGAAAAACGCCAGUCCGUCAAAAUCUUCUGCAAGCUUCAUCAAAUUCGCACCAGCUCACUCCCACAAACUUACCAACACGUAAGAAGUCACGUCGCAUCUUUUCGUCUCUUCGGGCCUUCACCAAAGCCGCCCAACAGCCAGUUAAAUAG